AAUUCGAGAAGCAAAAGUAAAUAAACGUCUAUUUUUAAUCAAUGUCCUAAUUUUUAUUUACUUUUUUUACAUUAUAAUAAAAUGUUUACUUUUUUAUAUUUCAAGUGUUUAUUUAUUCUUAUUUAUAUUUUUAACGAGAAUUUAGUAUUAUGCAAAGAAAUCAAAGUAUUUGGUCCCGGACUACAACCAAAAAAUAUUGUGAUGCCGGCAAGAUAUUUUUUCGUAAAUUUUACAUCUGUUAAUGAGUCCUCAUACGAUAAAGAUUUGUCCCGAAACUUUGCAGUCGAUAUUAGCGGAAAAUCUUUUAAAAAGGACCACUGCCGCAUCUGGGUAAACACUUUAGACCGAAAAGACGGGACUUUUAUUGUACGUUAUAAGAUAUAUGAGACUUGUACGCAGUUAACAAUAGGCAUUUAUUAUAAGAACAAGCACAUUCAAAAUAGCCCCAUUCAAAUUGAGGGGCCCAUCCAACCAGAUCAAUGUAAUUGUCCCAACCCAGUAUUUCAGUCCUGGUUAAAGGAUUAUGGUUGUUCACAAACAUACAAACAAAUCGAAAAAGAUCUCAUUCCAUUCCAAAGAGUUGAAAUGAAACAGCAAAUAAAGAAAAUAAUUGAUAAAUAUCACAGGCCGGAGAGUACAAGUUUUUGUCAUUACGUUAUAAAAGAGAACAAAAUAUACAGGGAUUGUUAUGGGAAACAUGUUGGAUUCAAUAUGUUUGCAGAUAAUAUCCUAUUAUCCUUGUCUAGGAAAACGGUAAUGCCUGAUAUGGAAAUGGUUAUAAAUCUGGGUGACUGGCCACUUAUACAUAAAAAUGGUGAAAAACUAGCCAUGUUCUCAUGGUGCGGCAGCGAUGACACUCUUGAUAUUGUGAUGCCCACGUAUGAUAUCACGGAAUCUACUCUAGAGAAUUUGGGAAGAGUUACGUUAGACACCCUGUCGGUUCAGGGGAAUGUUGAACGUAAAUGGUCCGACAGAGAAACACGUGCUAUCUGGCGUGGGCGAGACUCGCGAGCUGAGAGGUUGAAGCUGAUUGACAUUGCCCGAGAAAAUCCCGACCUCAUAAACGCAUCACUCACCAACUUUUUCUUCUUUAGAGAAAAGGAAGCGAAGUAUGGGCCUAAGGUGCCUCAUAUUUCGUUCUUUAAGUUUUUCGAUUACAAGUACCAAAUCAAUGUGGACGGAACAGUGGCGGCGUACAGGUUUCCGUACCUCCUGGCCGGGGGUGGAUUGGUUUUUAAACAGGAUUCCUCGUACUAUGAACAUUUUUAUAGUAAAUUAACCCAAUGGGAGCAUUAUGUGCCGGUCAAAAGUGAUCUUUCAGAUCUAGUAGAAAAAAUCAAAUGGGCCAAGAAUCACGAUACUGAGGCAGUCGACAUUGCUAGGAGUGCGAGGGAUUUUGCAAACGAUAAUCUAUUACCACAACACAUCAUAUGCUACCACGCCGUACUGUUUUCAGAAUGGAGCAAACGAAUCAUUGAUGGAGUUCAGGUCCGCGAAGGUAUGACACAUGUACCACAAACAGAUUUUGAAUGUCGCUGUGAGUCUUACAAAGGAAUCAGCCACGAGGAUUUGUAAUUACAAGUUCAUAUACAUAUAUAUAUAUAUAUAUAUAUAUUUUGAGAUUUGUAACUUUAGACUAGUUUUACUAUAAACUGUAAUCUCAAUAUAUUUCCACUAUUUUUAAGUAUUAAAUAAUAAAAUACAAGUGUUCACUAGUUUAAGUACAGUAUAGAUAAUAAAUGUGCGAGGAUAUUUUCAA